AGUAGAUGAUCUCUGAUUGUGCAAGACAGAGAUAAGCCAGAAAACCCCAAAUAAAGCUCAAAAUUACAGCUUUUAGUGGAAACUAAAGGACUUAUUUUUUCCUUUUGGCAGGCUGGUCCUUCAGAUAAAAAUCCAGCCAUCUUCUGUUUCAAUUCUUCUCUACUACGUUCUGUCACGCUGGCUGUCAGAAAAGCCAAUGAAGUGAUAAGAUUUUCACUGUGCACGAAGCAGGUAAAGGUGCUGGCUUCAGGGCUGAUGACUCAGAGCUGUCAGCUCCAUGAUUAGGACUGUUUUGCCUCCUGGCUGCCUCUUCCAGGAUCUUUUUCCUGAUUUUUACCUUCAUUGGUGAUACAGCUGCCAGGAAACCCUGCCAUCAAUUUCUUAGAGGUGAAAGAGACCCUUUGGUUCUCCUAGAACAAAGACUUGGAGAGCUAAUCUUGGAAAACUUUGGAGAUCUUGGACUUAGCAAUGACUAUUCUUCAGCCUUUCAGUGCUUUGCUCCUUUGUCUAUCACUGAUGAUGGCAACAAGUUCACUUACCACAGAUAAACCUGAAGAGAAAAUGUAUUCAUGUCCCAUCAUUCAGUGUAGUGCUCCUGCAGUCAACGGAUUACCAGGCAGAGAUGGAAGAGAUGGUCCCAAAGGUGAAAAGGGAGACCCAGGAGAAGGAUUGAGAGGUCUGCAGGGUUUGCCAGGAAAAGCAGGACCUCCAGGAUUAAAAGGAGAGGUGGGACCACAAGGAGUGAAAGGUCAAAAAGGAGAACGUGGAAUUGUUGUGACUGAUGACCUGCAACGACAAAUAACUGCUUUGGAAGCGAAAAUACGAAUACUGGAAGAUGACUUAAUCAGAUACAAAAAAGCCAUGAUUUUAAAGGACAUCGUGAACGUUGCUAAAAAAAUGUUUGUCGCAACUGGAAAGAAAGAUAAUUUUGAAAAGGGAAAAUCCCUUUGUGCAAAAGCCGGAGGUAUGCUUGCCUCUCCUCGGAAUGAGGCUGAAAAUACAGCUUUAAAAGACUUAGUUAGCCCUUCAAGCCAAGCUUAUAUUGGGAUAUCUGAUGCACAAACUGAGGGCAAAUUCAUGUACCUCAGUGGUGGACCUUUAACUUACAGCAACUGGAAACCUGGAGAACCAAAUAAUAUGAAAAAUGAAGACUGUGCAGUAAUAGAAGACUCUGGAAAAUGGAAUGAUUUAGACUGUUCAAAUUCAAAUAUCUUCAUUAUUUGUGAAUUGUGAACAGCUGAUAAAUCGAGGAAAAUCAAUCCAACUUUCUUCUCUCGGUUAUGUGAUUGCGUUGAAGUUGGUUACUAUAUUGCAGAAUAGAAUAAUCAGAACCAAAUUAUAUUUACAGUGGUUUUCUCUUUGACAUCCAGUUUUGAAUCUCCUAAUGAAACAGACCUAUUUGUUCACUCAUUGUGAAUUGUUUACCAUGUGAUAUGCUGAAGACCUUAUGUUUGUGCUGUAGGCUUCAGAAAGGUUUAACUCCAUGUCAGCUCUAGUAUCAUGCCCUGGACUCAGUGCCUACUAACAUUUGAAAUGUAUUUUCUAUUUCAUGUCCUAGCACAAUCUGGCUUCUUAUGUUUAUCUGCAUUUUGUGAAUUGCUGAACUUAAAAUGUGAACCAAAAUAAAUUUUGAACAUUUAAA